AUGCCCCGCGCGUUCCUGGUGAAGAAGCCGUGCGUGGCCACGGCCAAACGCAACUGGAGCGAGCUCCCGGAUGAGCAGCGGGCUGAGAUCUACGUCCCCAUUAACCCCUCCCUCCCCACGCAUCGGCAGGUACCAUCCGGCCCCAUGGGUGCCCCCAUCCCCCCGGGCAUCCCCAUCCCCGGGGGGGUCCCAGUGGGGGUCCCCGUCCCCGGGGGGGUCCCCGGGGGGACAGAACUCUUCUCCUGCCCCGUGUGCCAGAAGAGUUUCGGGUUCCAGCGGAUGCUGAACCGGCACCUGAAAUGUCACAGCGAGGUGAAACGUCACCUGUGUCCCUACUGCGGGAAGGGCUUCAACGACACCUUCGACCUCAAGCGGCACGUCCGCACCCACACCGGCGUGCGCCCCUACAAGUGCAGCCUGUGCGAGAAGGCCUUCACGCAGCGCUGCUCCCUGGAGUCCCACCUGAAGAAGAUCCACGGCGUGGCCCAGCGCUACGCCUACAAGGAGCGACGGGCCAAGCUCUACGUCUGCGAGGAGUGCGGGGGGACGGCCGACAGCCAGGACGCCCACCUCGCCCACCUCCGCCAGCGUCACCCCCACAGCCCCCUCCUCGCCAAACUGGCUCGCAAGGCCCAGCCCCCGCCCCAGGGGAAGAUCUGA